GCAUAUUCAUUUUUUGGGUGAUGGAAUUAAUAUGCAGAUGAAGAUUGGUUGUUAUGCAAAGAGAAACGGAACUGGACAAAACCACCAAACAGAUGUACAAAAGAGAAAGAAAGCGGCACCAUCUGGGAGUAGUAUGGCAAAGAAAAAGGUGAUUAAUAAGGGGAAACAAGUACAAUUGAUGCCUGACUGUGAUGGGGACAAGAUUAGUCGGCUCAUGCAGUUGCAUUCUAAGCUUAACAAACAAAAGGAAUUGAGCAUGCAGCUACAGGAAAUUAGGAGCAAAACCAGACAUGAAUUCCAAGGUUCAUUUGUAGAAGACACUUUGGG